AUGAGUUCAAUAUCACCGGAUGAAAAAAUAAAAGAGGCAGAAUCAUUGGAUAAUAAUAAUAAAUCUUCAAAUACAAACGACAUACCGGCACAAACAAUUAAUGAAACAAAAGAAUCAGACGAGACAAAUCGAGAUAAUCGAAAUAAAGAAAGAGAAGAUUUGAGAAACGAAUCAUCCAAAAGUAAUGAUGAGGAUGAGGAUGAUGAAGAAGACAACAAAGAUUCUCAAAAUGAAGAUGAUGAUGAUGAAGAUGACGAUGAAGAAGAUUCACAGCAACUUGACAAUACUGAUGAACAAUUGAAUAAUGCUCAAGACUUUCAAGAAAAAGAACUAACGACUGAAAAUCUAGAUGAGAAACAGAUUGAGGAAAUGAAAAACUUAAGUGAUCAUCAACCUACGAAAAUUCCUAAUGAUUUGGAGAGUGAUUCAUUAACUCAUUUAAAUGCUGAUAAAUUAAAUAACAGAGACAAAUCAGAUAACCUAGAUUUACCAAAUGAUUUACUAGAGAAUCAAGAGAAUGACCAAAAUGAUAUAGAGGGAAAAGUAAAUAAUGAAGAUCUUAAUGAAAAAAAUGGAUUUAAAAUAGAUGAUGGAAAAAAUUUAGAAGAACAAGAUAAUGAAGACAAUUCUAAUUAUUCAAGAAAUCAAACACAACAUGCAGAUGCAAUUGUAGAAGAACAACUACCUUCAAUACCUGUGGAUCAAGUACCAGUGGAUGAACCAUUUGAUGAUAAGGCAAAUUUCGUUGGAAGAGCUUCAAAAGCUUCAUUAAUGUCAAAUAAAGGGACAUCAUCGGAUGAGCAACAGAAUGACGAUGAUUCAUACUUAGAAAAUAAUAACCAAGAGCAAACUAAUAAAAAUGAUGCAAAUGAAGAAGGCAAAAUCUUAGAAAAUGGAUUCAAAAACAAUGAUUUGUCUGAUAAUAACGAUAUAGAUCCAACUGCACCUGACCACAAUAUAUAUGAAGAUCAAAUGGAUAUUGACAUACCGACUGAAACAAAUGAUAUUGCAUAUGCUAGUGGAAUAGGAAAUAAGGAAUAUGAUGCCGAAGAAAAAAGUCAAGAAAAGGGAGAAGAUGAGAUGCUUUCAUAUGCUCAAGUUGACGAUCCUGCAUUUGAUGCUGACUUUAAUGUGGAAGAUUCUGAAAAGUCUGGUGAUGAAUUUGACGCAUCUUUACUUGAAAGUGAGACUGAAAAGCCAAAAGAUGAAAAAAUUGAAUCACAAGAUAAUAAAGCAGAACACAAUAAUAAAUCAAACGACGUUAAGGAAGAAUCAAAAUCAGCGAAUGGAUCAGAUCAAACUAAAGCUGAACCAACACCACUGUUAUCCUCAGAAUCAAAUGAAACAAGAGCAACUGGUAUUGACCAAGAAGAAGACCUUGAUAUGGAAGACGUAAUAGAGGACGAAGAGGAUGAACCUGUCAAAGCUACGAAAAAAUAUAAACAAACACAUCUCAUAAUAAUUCCUUCAUAUGCUAGUUGGUUUAAUAUGAAAAAAAUUCAUAAAAUAGAAAAGCAAUCAUUAUCAGAAUUUUUUGAUUCUAGUCAUCCUUCAAAAUCACCAAAAUUAUAUGCAAACUAUAGAAACUUCAUGAUUAACGCUUAUAGACUUAAUCCAAAUGAAUUUUUAACUUUAACUUCAUGUCGUCGAAAUUUGGUUGGUGAUGUUGGUACGUUAAUGAGAGUGCAUCGUUUUUUAAAUAAAUGGGGUUUAAUAAAUUAUCAAGUGAAACCACAUUUUAAACCAGGUUAUGCAUUUGAGAAAAUGCCUAAUGGUCUGCUGGUUGAUUUACCAUAUACUGGAGAUUAUCAUGUCAAAUAUGAUUCCCCUAGAGGUCUUUUCCCGUUUGAUACAUCAAGAAUUCCACUUGAUAAAAUUGAUGUUGAAAAGUUGAAAAAAUUAAUAUCCUUACCUGAUUCCGUCAAUUCAGCUGGUUUUGAAAAUGGAAAUAAAGAAAGAGGUACGAAAAGGAAACUUUCAAUAGAGAAUCAACCAUCUAAAGAUGAACCACAAAAUAAGAGAAAACAUAAACAAGACGAAGAUGAUGAUGGAUGGACACAAGAAGAAUCUAAUAAUUUAAUAAAUGCAAUUGCAAAACAUAAAAAUGAUUGGUAUCAAAUAGCUUCAGAAGUUGGAGGUAAUAAAACUCCACAACAAUGUGUUUUGAAAUUUUUAAAAUUACCAAUAGAAGAUCAAUUCAAUCCAAUAAAAGAUUCAGAUAAAGAAGAUAUAAAGUUAUUAAAAUAUGCAUCUAAUUAUCCUAUUAAUGGACUAGAUAAUCCUGUUUUAGCAAAUUUGGUUUUUAUGACAAGAAUUGUUGAUAGUAAUGUCGCAAAAGCUGCUAGUGAAGCUGCAUGUAAAGCCAUGGAUGAAUCAAUAAGGAAUAAAAUUAAUGAAGUAUAUGGUGGUGAUGGAAAAGGGAAAGAGGAAGCCAAAAUAAAGACUGAUGUAGUGAAUUCAAAAGAACUUGAAAACAAAGAUGAUGAUUCAGAAGAACGAAAUGGAUCAAUUGAAAAAGAUGAUUCUACUCAUGAUAACAAAACUGAAGAAGCAAUUGCAACCACAUUUGGAAUAGUUGGUGGUAGAAGUCAUUUAUUUUCAAGUUAUGAAGAAAGAGAAUUACAUAAAAUUAGUAUGAGUAUAGUAAAUCAUGAAUUACAAAAAUGUGAAACUAAAUUAGCAAAAAUUGAAGAAUUAGAAAAAAUUUAUGAAAGAGAAAGACAAAAUUUAUCAAAACAACAAGAAGAAAUUUUUACUGAUAGAUUAUCAUUAACAAGAUCAACUAUAGACGUAAUUAAAAAAUUAGAAGAAGCUUGUUCAUUACUUGAAAGUAAUGAUCAAACGACACAAAAGUCAGAAUUUCAAAAAAUCAUUUCAGAUGCAAGAUCUUUAUUAUAUAAACCAGUCAAACAAUCAUUAGAAGCUGUUGGUAGUAAAGCUGAUAAUCAACAAGAACAAUUGGAUAAUCGUGAAGGUAAAAAUGAUCAAGAUAAAGAUAGUAUGAUUAGUGAAGGUUCUAAAAAACUGGUUGAUGAUUUUUCAAAUAUUGAUGAUUAUAAACCUCUUUCAUUAAUUGCUCCACAAACUUUUAAAAUUUGGGCUCCAUAA